AUGGCUGGUAUAAAACCCCACAGAUUGGGGUACAUCAUCUUGUUGGUUGCUAACACCACAACAGAUGAUCAGCAAGAAAAGACAAGAGAAGCCAACCACAAGAGAGAAAAAAAGCGGCCCACAGGUAAAGGCAAAAAACACAAUUGUGAUAACAAACAACUGGCAAGGUAAAUAUUUUAGAACAAUUCAAUGACUGAAAUGGAAAUAAUAUGUUGUCUUCUUGAUUAGCAUAUUCUUCAGAUACUUUCUCAGAAAUGUCAGAGGAUUGGGGAAGUGCUGCUUUUGCAGCCAGGCAACAUAACCAAGAGACAACUAAAUCAUCUUCCUUCACCUUCACCAACAGCAAUAAAACCAAA